AUGUCUACUCCAUCUGUUCAAACUUUUGGUAAGAAGAAGAACGCAACUGCUGUUGCUCACGUUAAGGCCGGAAGAGGUCUUAUUAAGGUUAAUGGUGCUCCAAUCACUUUGGUUCAGCCAGAAAUCUUGAGACACAAGGUCUACGAGCCAAUCCUUUUGGUUGGCUUGGACAAGUUCGCCAACUUGGACAUUAGGAUCAGAGUUACUGGUGGUGGUCACGUUUCUCAGGUUUACGCUAUCAGACAGGCUUUGGCUAAGGGAUUGAUUGCAUACACUGCUAAGUACGUCGAUGAGGCUUCCAAGAACGAGUUGAAGAAGAUCUACACCGCUUACGACAGAAGCUUGUUGAUUGCUGACUCCAGAAGAAUGGAGCCAAAGAAGUUUGGUGGUCGUGGUGCCAGAGCAAGAUACCAGAAAUCUUACCGUUAG